AUGGCUACCGAAGUUGAAGAAACUAUCAAAAGGAUCCAAGCUCAUAAAGGUGUUAUGGGUGUCGUCAUCGUAAACCACGAAGGCAUACCAAUCAAGAGUUCUUUAGAUAAUGCAACUUCAGUGCUGUAUUCUGGUCUGAUAGGACAACUCACUGAGAAAGCAAGGAAUGUUGUACGUGAAAUGGAUUCCACAAAUGAGUUGACUUUCCUCAGAGUAAGAAGUAGAAGACAUGAGAUCCUGAUAGCACCGGACAGAGAAUUUAUUCUCAUUGUGAUUCAGAAUACUACCGACUAG